UUUGGGGUUACCGGCAGAUUGAAAUUAUUCCUUUAAAAUUAAUACUAAUCUCUAUUGGAUGAUUUUAUACUAUUAAAAGUUCAUAAAGUAGCCUUUUUAAUGUUUUUAUCAAGUAUAUAAGUAGGGGUGUUGUUAUACAAGAGACUGGGGAGAGAGUAGAGAGUGGUGAAGGGGAGCUAGUGAGGUCCGGCAGCUAUGAGUGGUGUGGCGGCCUUACUACCCCGAGCGUUGAGGUAUUCGUUAUUAAUUCGCUCCUACCGUACAUGUACCACUAAUACCACACGUCUUGCACCCUUCACAUCACCUCUUCUAGCAGUCGAGUCAUCCUGGAGCCGGGAAUUAUCAAGAAGGAAGUUAAUAGUGAGAGGAGAAGGAAGAAAAGGAACAGUGGGGGUUUGUAGCAGUGCUGGGUUGAGGGUGGUAGGGUCGGAAUCCUACUCCACCAUGGCUCCUAUCACCACCCAGGGCCUCACCCCUUUACAGGUGGUCGAGAAUUCCAUCAAGGAGAAUAAAGUGAUGGUAUUUAGCAAGUCCUACUGCCCCUUCUGCCAUAAAGUGAAGGACCUGUUGAACCAGUUAAAUGUGGAGUACACAACUCUGGAGCUUGACCAAAUAGAAAAUGGGUCGGAGGUACAGCAUGCGUUGACAGAGAUAUCCGGCCAGAGGACAGUGCCCAACGUCUACAUCAAUGGGGAACAUUUAGGAGGAGCAGACAAGACCUUUGACACUCAUGCCAAAGGAGAACUAUUACCCCUAAUUAAUAAGUCAGACCACACCUAUGAUUAUGACUUGGUUGUUAUCGGCGGUGGAUCUGGGGGUCUGGCAGCCUCCAAACAUGCUGCAGAUCUCGGAGCUAAAGUCGCCGUGUGUGACUUCGUGAAGCCAACCCCAAAGGGCACCACCUGGGGCCUGGGUGGUACCUGCGUCAACGUUGGCUGCAUCCCUAAGAAGUUGAUGCAUCAGGCGGCAAUACUCGGCCAUGACUUGAAGGAUUCCCGGGAGUACGGGUGGGUGACGCCGGAGACAGUUACUCACGACUGGAAUAAGAUGGUGGAGGGGAUCCAGAGCCACAUAGGAUCCUUGAACUGGGGCUACCGUGUCGCCCUCAGGGACAAGAAGGUGACUUACCUCAACGCCUACGCAACGUUCACGGACGAGCACACCCUUAAGACUGUGGACCGCCGGGGCAAAGAAAAGGUAAUCACAUCAGAUAAGUUUUUACUGGCGAUGGGCGGACGUCCUCGCUACCCUGACAUUCCAGGCGCUAAAGAGCAUUGUAUCACUUCUGACGAUAUAUUCUCACUACCUCACCCUCCUGGGAAAACUCUCCUGGUGGGGGCUUCCUACAUCGCCCUCGAGUGUGCAGGUUUCCUCGCUGGGCUCGGCUAUGACACGACGGUGAUGGUGAGGUCCAUCCUGCUGCGUGGCUUUGACCAGCAAAUAGCAGAGAACAUUGGGGCGUUCAUGGAGAAGAACGGAGUCAAGUUUAUCCGUGGUGCUGUACCGACAUCUGUUGAAGAGGUGGAGGAAGGCACACCAGGCAAGUUGAAAGUGACAGCCAAGACCACCGACGGGGAGGAAAUAACCGAUGAAUAUAACACAGUGGUGGUGGCCAUCGGUAGAGACCCCUGCACUGCUGACAUCAGCUUACAUGACAUCAACGUAGAGAUGGCCAAAAGUGGAAAAGUGGUUGUGAACAAGGAAGAACAGACGUCUGUUCCUCACAUCUAUGCUGUGGGUGACAUAAUUGAAGGUGGACUCGAGUUGACUCCAGUGGCCAUCCAGGCAGGCCGGCUUCUGGCUAAGCGCUUGUAUGGUAAUGGCAAACUGCUGACUGACUAUGUUAACGUUCCAACGACUGUGUUCACACCCCUGGAAUAUGGUUGUUGUGGCCUGUCCGAGGAGACGGCCAUUGAGAAGUACGGCGAGGAUGACAUCGAGGUCUAUCACUCCAACUACCAGCCUCUGGAGUACACCAUUGCUCACCGCCCAGAAAAUGACUGCUAUGCUAAACUUAUUUGCGUCAAGAGCGAAAAUGAGCGGGUGGUGGGUUUCCAUGUGCUGGGACCCAACGCUGGCGAGAUUACUCAAGGCUUUGGUCUGGGCCUCAAGCUGAAGGCCACCAAGGCUGACUUUGACAACCUUAUUGGCAUCCAUCCCACUACUGCAGAGAUCUUCACGACACUGAACAUUACGAAGAGGUCGGGCAAGGCUGUCGACGCACAGGGUUGCUGAGGUUAAUUACUGCUGCCUUUAGCUAAUUAACCAGGGGCAGCGUGUAUCAGUUUAACACAUUUGCUAUGAGAUAUUUUAGAUCAUUGUUGCAUGAUCCAUUGUGGAGUUCAUUAUUAUGGUCUUGCUAUUAAUUCUUAUUUGGUGUAAUGUAUCAUGUUGUUUUUUUAUUUAACUUAUUGUACUUCUAUUAUGUUUACAUUAAUUGUGACCAUAUACCUACACAUCACAGAUUAGUGACUAUCUCAUUUUGGGUGUGUGUGUGUGAGCACACUGCCCCUGGUUAUAUGCUGAUAGCAGCAAGUUACCAAUCUUCAAGACCAAGACUGCAGAAAUCGGACCAGUGUAGGAGUUUUGUGAGUGUUGGCAAGUUGCUGAACCUCUGAAUGCCUACAUUUUCAGAUUUUCUGAAUUAUGAAGGCUGUUCCUCAAAACCCGGGUAUGGGCGAGGGCCGCUGGAAGUUAGUCUUUGGUAUUGAGGUACUGUAUUCUCAAGAUACUUAGUUAACAAAUUACUGGUAUAAAUGUAUUGUUAGUUUGCCUCCAAUAAUGACGUGAUUUCUUACAGUAAUGUUAUUUUUGUACACCAUUGUUAAAUCCACUAAAAUGUUAAAGGCUAUACCUAUAUAUCUUAGGAUUUAAUAAAUUUACAUCAAAA